AUGAAGUCCAACGUCUUGAGCACCGCCGCCGUCGGUGCGGGGCUCCUCGCCGCCGGGGUCGCAGCCCAGACGGCCUGCGCCUCCGUCCUGGUCCCCUCCUACUCGCCGCCCUCGGUCGCCCCCGGCUGGAGCGCGCAGCUCGUCGUCAACGGCCUCAAGAAGCCGCGCAGCAUCCAGUUCGACGCCGGCGGCGGCCUGCUCGUCGUCGAGAGCGGCAAGGGCAUCACCCGCUUCACCUUCAAGGACAACGGCGGCACCUGCCUCGCCGUCGACCAGGCCAUCACCGUCGUGGCCGACACCACUCUGAACCACGGCCUCGCUCUCGCCAACGACGGCAAGACCCUCUACGCCUCCAACGUCGAGGCCGUCUUCGCCUGGGCCUACGACCCGGCCCGCGGCGCCCUCCUCGGCGACCGCCGCGCCGUCGUCGCCAACAUGAGCAACAACGACCUGACCACGCGCACCCUGCUCAUGUCCCAGGCCGUGCCGGGCCAGCUCGUCGUCUCGCGCGGCUCGGCCGAGAACUACGACGUCGACGCCCUCAACAAGUCGUCGGGCCUGUCGCAGAUCCGCGCCUUCGACCUCGCGCGCCUGCUCGACACGCACCCGCCCUACAACUUCAACGCCGACGGCCGCGUGCUGGGCUGGGGCCUGCGCAACUCGGUCGGCGUCGGCGAGCACCCCAAGACGGGCGCCAUCUACAGCGUCGAGAACUCGAUCGACGGCGUCAAGCGCGAGGGGUCCGACAUCGACCGCUCCAACCCGGGCGAGGAGCUCAACUACCACGGCUUCCUCAACGGCACGACCGCCGGCCAGGGCGGCAACUACGGCUACCCCAACUGCUUCGCCGUCUGGGACACCAACCUGCCGGGGACGAGCACCGUCGCCGGCGGGCUGCACGUCGGCGACCAGUUCAGCCUCGUGCAGAACGCGACGCUCAACGACACGACCUGCGCGCAGCAGUACGUCGCGCCGCGCCUCACGCUGCCCGCGCACUUUGCGCCGCUCGACAUCCUCUUUGGCGACGACGGCGCGCAGGCGUACGUCUCCUUCCACGGCAGCUUCGACAAGACCAACCCGCAGGGCUACCGCGUCUCGACCAUCGACUUCGACCCGCAGCGCGGCACCCCCCUCGAGCCCCCGAGCAGCACCCGCGCCCUGAGCAGGGACAUCAUCUCCAACCCGGGCCAGGCCGCGCAGUGCCCGGCCAACUGCUUCCGCCCCGUGGGGCUGGCCUGGGGCCCCCGGGGCCGCCUGUUCGUCACGUCCGACACGACGGGCGAGAUCUACGUCCUGAGCAGGGACGCCUCCUCCUCCUCCUCCUCCUCCUCCGGAACGACGGCGACGACGAGCGGCAGCAUCGUCACGGCCACGGGCAAGGCCAACGGCGCCGCGGCGGCACUCGGCCGGCCGGCGCUUGGCGUGCUGGGUGGCGUCGCGGCUUGUGUUGUUGGCGGUUUGAUGGUCUUGUAA